UCACGAGGCAAACUGAUUUGUGCAAACGACUUUAGCAUUGCACUCUCUGAUCCAUAAUCUCUUUUCAACCACGACCCAUGGGCUGUAAUUGGGCCCAAUGCUCAUCUGAAUGGAUAAUUCCUGAAUCCUGAAAGUCCGACAACUGCCUGCAGCUCGGAGUAGCUACAAUGGCGCUCUCUCUUCACUGCUCUUCCCCGCUUCGUCAUCCUCAUCAUCAUCCUCUUCACCUACAGCCACGAAGUCGAGCUCUUCAAUUCACAACUUGCCCUUGCCGCUCGCAUCGCGUGAUUCGAGUUAAUGCCGCGACGACAAGGAAAAAUCCCAGGCCGAGCUUCUUCGAGCAGGUUCAAGGGAAAUGGUCUCGGAAACCGUCUUCGACCAGAGACCAACUUCCCUGGCAGCAGCAGCAGAAAAAAGAGGGCGACGCGGCGGCGGAGGAAGUCGAAGAGGUAGAAAUACGGGCAACUCUUUCUGGGGUGGACGAGUCCCAGACCGAAAUCCCCGGCGACGCUUCAAUGAUUGCCGCGGCGAGUUUUCCGCUACCGAAUCGGCCGAGUUCGGCUCCCUGGGUACAGGGAAAUCGAAACCGAAACGGCUAUUUGAGGGAUUUGGGCUCUAAUGGGUUGGUCGAAUUUUGGGUGGAGAAAGCCGGAAAUGGUGCUGUUGAUGAAGCAGAGAGCGCAGAGACGAAUGAAGUUGAUUCCAUCAGUACUGAACGUGAGGAAGAAGUAGCCAAAUCGGAAGACGAUUCAGUGCCAUAUAAACUAGCGAUUCAGGAGGUGAAGGAAACAGACGAUGGAUUGUUUGUUGAAGAGACUAGAAGAAGCAGCAACUCAGUUGAAUCGCCGUGGAAUUUUAGCUCGGAGAAGAAGGAGAAGAAGAGAGAGAGCAACACCGAGCUGGCAGAGAGGAUGGUUCCUGAGCAUGAGCUUAAGAGGCUGAGGAAUGUUGCGCUGAGGAUGCUGGAGAGGAUCAACGUUGGAGUAGCUGGUGUUACUCAGGAUUUGGUGGACGCCGUUCAUGAGAAAUGGAGGCUUGAUGAAGUGGUCAAGUUGAAGUUUGAAGGGCCUCCUUCUCGCAACAUGAAGAGAACACAUGAGAUCUUGGAGAGUAGAACUGGAGGGCUGGUGAUAUGGAGGUCAGGAACUUCAGUGGUAUUGUAUAGAGGAAUGAGCUAUCAAUUCCGAUGUGUAAGAUCUUAUGUGAAACAAAAAGAGGCUGUCACGGAAGCUUCUCCAUCUGAUCAAUCAGUGACGAAUGAUGAUGAUAUAGCUAACAAAGGAGCAAAAGGUCUUGCGAGAGCCCCAGAACCUAUAGUACAGAAUUCGGUGAAGGGUUUCAAGGAUUUGUCAAAGAAUGAACUCUUGGACCUAACUGAGCUCAACCAUUUGUUAGAUGGAUUAGGACCAAGGUUCAAAGACUGGUCUGGCAUUGAACCAUUUCCUGUUGAUGCUGACCGGCUUCCUGCUGUUGUCCCGGGAUACAAACCCCCAUUCCGGCUUCUUCCUUAUGGGGUAAAACAUUGUUUAAGAGACAAGGAAACAACAAAAUUCCGCAGGCUUGCAAGAAUGACGCCUCCACAUUUUGCUCUAGGCAGGAACAGAGACCUGCAAGGUCUGGCUAAGGCUAUUGUGAAGCUAUGGGAACAAAGUGCCAUUGCAAAGAUAGCUAUCAAGCGUGGUGUGGAAAAUACUCGAAAUGAUAGGAUGACUGAGGAACUUAAGAGAUUAACUGGGGGAACACUACUCUCUAGAAACAAGGACUUUAUUGUGUUUUACAGGGGUAAUGACUUCUUGCCACCUGCAGUUAUGGAGACAUUGAAGGAGAGACAGAAACUAAGUUACCUCCAGAAUGUUGAAGAAGAGCUAGUUAGGCAAAUGGCCCCAUUAAACAUCAUAACUACUAAAGUCCCAGCAGUUGCUGGGACACUUGCUGAAACUGUGGCAGCAACUUCCCGCUGGGGGAAACAGCCAAGCAAUGAAGAUGUGAAGGAAAUGAUGAGAGAUUCAGCUGUGGCUAGGAUCUCUUCAUUGCUAAAGCAUCUUCAAAACAAGUUUGCCACUGCAAAUGGAAAACUGAAGAAGGCUGAGAAGGCUUUGUAUAAAGUACAGGAGCGUCUGGAACCAAAAGAACUUCCAACUGAUCUGGAAACCAUAACGAACGAAGAGAGAUUCUUGUUUCGAAGGAUUGGUUUAAGCAUGAAACCAUAUCUCCCUCUAGGAAGGCGAGAGGUCUAUGAUGGUACCAUAGAGAACAUGCACUUGCAUUGGAAAUACCAUGAGCUAGUGAAGAUAAUUGUGGCUGGCAAAAACCCUGCACAAGUCAAACAUAUUGCAAUUAAUUUGGAAGCUGAAAGUGGUGGAGUCCUAGUAGCUGUGGAGAGAAUUCCCGAAGGCUAUGCGAUUAUAGUUUAUCGUGGGAAGAAUUAUAAACGCCCCCAGGUAAUGAGGCCUAAAAAUUUGCUAUCCAGGAGACAGGCACUGGCUAGGUCCAUUGAACUUCAGAGACGGGAGGCACUGAAGCACCAUGUUUUAGAUUUGCAAGAGAGAAUCGAACUGAUCAAGUCUGAAUUGCAAGAUGUUGAAGCUGGCAAGACGUUGCACACUGAGAAGACCCUGACUACGAUGUUGGACAAUGCUUCUUUGUUCUCCGAGGAUGAUGAACAGGAUGGUGGAGAAGAAUCGUGCGUGGACAGUGACUAAAUGUUUGAAGGAGCAGAUAGCAGAGCAUUUUGGUACCAGAACAAGAUUAGGAUUAAUCCCGAUACUAGGAGGUGCUGGAUGUCUGAUUUUCCUCAUUCCAUCUGUGCUCCAAGUAUCACAUCGAAAGAAAAAACAACACAAAUCACGGCUACUUGGAGUGAAAAGAGUGGCGCCCAAUAUUUUUGAAUGCCUCCUCCACAUCGAAAGUGAUUCGUGGCUGUAAAUAGAACAGAACAAUUUUACUAGAGCAUUAAUUUUAGCUUGUUUAACAACUAGGCUGUAGAACAAAGUGCAAAUGUUGGGAAGGUUGUGCUGUUGGCUUAGACCAAAUUGCAGACGACGUGCCGCUGUCGCAGCAUUAACUUUAGCAAUAACACAAUUUAUCAGGU